AUGGAAGAAAACAAGCUACUUGGACGCACCUCGUCGUCAGACGAUGAUGCAGAAGAUACAACAUUCGCUAGCAGAAUCAAACGCACUUCUAAUCGUGAAAUUUUCUUCUCUCGCAUACAGAUAUUUCGUUGUUGUCUUGAGGCUAUUCUCAUUGUCUGCCUUCUUGGUACGACUGCUCUUAUCUUGAGGAAUGACACAAGCAAAGCUGGCACCUGUGAUAAUCAGGUUUGGCCGGCAGGAAGUGAUUACAAUCAUUUCGUACCUCAUGAUGUCAGCUCAAGGGGUAUCCCCAAGCCCUCUGGUCCAGAUCAGUACCAGAUAGAUGCCGAUGCAUUUCAUGACCGCGGUCUGUUCAAUCAAACUCUAAGCUCAUGGCAAGGUCUUUCUCAUGCGUUUGUACGAGCCAAGCCAUAUGAUGGCAGCGGACCUCAAAAAAUGUUUGCAGGAGAUCUGUUCGAAAUUGCCGCAUUCCAUCAAAUGCAUUGUCUGACAUCUAUACUUGAGGACUUUGGUCUUCUGGCUGCCGGAAUCCCCAAAGAACAACUGCCAGGCUACCACAGUGGUGUAACUUUAACAUGGGAAGAGCACAAGGCACAUUGUUUUAACUACAUCCGGCAGGCUUUGAUGUGCUUCGCUGACUCUACCGCUGAAGGACACAUUGAAGGCGACCCCCAUCGCGUGGCUGAUCAUGGAGUCAUGCACGUUUGUAACGAUUUUGAUGCCUUGCUAGCGUGGUCCAAGGAACCAGAGAGAAUCUUGCCAAAAAGUUGGAAGGUAACCGAUUAA